UUUUUUUUUGUUUGGUGAACCAUCCAUCCCCUUACCUACCAACUACAUUAUUUAAAUUCCCAAUUCCAUUACACAACCUUUACGUUCUUCUUAUAUUACGUUUGAAUUCCCCAAUUUCUAGGGUUCCGUAUAAACCCCAACCUCGAUCGUUUGCUCUAACAUUUUCAUUUAAUUCUCCUUUGAUUCAGUUCCAUAUUUUCAUCUACUUCACUAUGUCAAGUUUGGAGGAACCACUUGGCCUUGACAAGUUGCCAAGCGUUAGUACCAUGGAUAGAGUUCAGAGGUUUUCAUCUGGUUGUUGCCGUCCACAAGUAGAUAAUUUGGGUAUGGGAAACUGCUGGAUUGAAGGACGAAGUUGCAGCACAUCUAACAGCUGCAAUGAAGACAAUGAAGAUUACCCUUGGAAAAGGCAAACAAGAGACAUGUCCCGGGGAGACUCCUUCAGUCAAAAGAUUGCGAUCAUAGGGAGAAACUCAAAAUUUGGAAUAGUCAACAAUUCAUUUUAUACCUCAGAUUAUCAGUACAGUCAAAAUCGCAAUAACAAAGACAUGCAAGAUAUGGCAUAUAAGUUUAUGAAAGGCAUGCCAGAGUUUGUUAAGAUAGUUGAAGUUGGACCAAGGGAUGGAUUACAAAAUGAGAAGAACAUUGUACCAACAGCUGUAAAGAUUGAAUUGAUUCGUAGACUAGCAUCAACCGGGUUAUCUGUCAUUGAGGCUACUAGUUUUGUAUCUCCCAAAUGGGUCCCACAGUUGGCUGAUGCAAAAGAUGUGAUGCAAGCGGUUCAUAACCUGGGAGGCAUCAGAUUGCCAGUUCUUACUCCUAAUUUAAAGGGUUUUGAAGCUGCUAUUGCUGCCGGAGCUAGAGAAGUAGCUGUUUUUGCAUCAGCUUCUGAAUCUUUCUCAAAAUCAAACAUUAAUUGUAGUAUUGAAGAGAGUCUAAUCCGCUAUCGAACUGUUACUCGUGCUGCUAAAGAGCUCUCAAUUCCAGUUCGAGGGUAUGUAUCAUGCGUUGUUGGAUGCCCAGUUGAAGGAUCGGUCCCUCCAUCAAAGGUAGCUUAUGUGGCUAAAGAACUAUAUGAUAUGGGUUGCUUUGAAAUCUCACUUGGUGACACAAUUGGGGUAGGCACACCAGGAACCGUGGUUCCUAUGCUUUUGGCCGUAAUGGCUGUUGUACCAAUAGAAAAGCUUGCUGUCCACUUCCAUGACACAUAUGGGCAAUCUCUUCCAAAUAUUCUUGUAUCCCUCCAAAUGGGAAUAAGUGCAGUGGAUUCUUCCGUUGCUGGUCUUGGUGGCUGUCCAUAUGCUAAGGGGGCUUCAGGAAAUGUAGCUACUGAGGAUGUUGUGUACAUGCUGAAUGGACUUGGUGUGAAAACCAGUGUUGAUAUUGAAAAGCUCAUGUCAGCUGGGGACUUCAUCAGCAAAAAAUUGGGGCGCCUCUCUGGCUCAAAGACUGCCAUCGCCCUUAACCGUGUCACGUCUGAUGCUUCCAAGAUAUGAUAACCUUAUAUAUAUAUAUAUAUAUAUAUAUAUAU